AUGAUUAACCAAUUAAUACUUAAGAAAUUAAAUUAACAAAGUAAAUUAAAAUAGAUUUAGUACUUUAUUAAAAUGGUGUUCAAUAAAAUGAAUUAAGAAAAUCAUUUGAAAUCAGAAAUUAUUAAUUGGACUGCUGUUAAGAAAACUUUAAUAGAGCAAAUUUCUAAAUUUCAAAAUAAUUUUGAAAUAUCAUUAUCUAAAUAACUGUAGAUUGAAAUUUUCUUAGUGUGCUUAAUUUAUUUUGCCUUUUAGUUGAUCAUAAAAUUAGAAAGAAUGAACAUAACAAUAAGAAAAUGAUUUAAAAGUAAUAAUAAGAACGCAAUGUAAUUAUAUUGACAGAUUCAAUAUUUCAAAAAGAAUAAUCUAAUUAACCAUUCAUUUCUACAAUAAUUGAUUCAAUAAUUUAUGAAGAACUAGUGUUUUUAUAAUGUUUUAGCUUUUUAGAAAUAAAUCAGCUGAUAAUCUGAUAAUUAAGUAGUAAAUCCCUAUUAUAAAGAGAUCCAAUUUUUAUACAUUUCUGACACCAUAACAUUCACAUUAAUCAGCUGAAGAAAUAAACAAUUUAUUAAAGGAUAUUAAUUGA